CCAGUUAGCGUUUGUUAUGCGCAUGAGCGUAGACUGCUUUUUAAAUAGUUUCCGGUAUUUGUCGCCAACGUUCUUCCAUUUUGUUCUUCAAGGGUAUCUACAAACCUCAAGUCGAGCCAACAUGUUUCGGUUUGUUAAAGCAGCGCUGAACGUCUCCGCAGGACAAGGUGCCCGUCAAGUGAGGCUCAGUUCGACGCACUCCCCCGAAUUCCAUGCCAAGUAUGGCACCGGCCUGAUGAUCGGAGGAUUCGCGUUUUGUGUGUCUGUCUGGGGAUUUGUACUGACACAAACCGGCAUCACAUGGAAUCUGUCUCCAGUCGGCAAGGUCCAGCCUAAACCAUGGAGGGAGGUAGAAGAAUAAUGGACUGAGGCUGCUCCCUUGUCCUCUGUGGAGAUAGACCACAGUCAACCACACAACCCUUAACCCAGAUAUCCCUAUAAACAUUCUGGUUGUACAGAUGGAUACCCACAUUUUCAGCUUGUUACCGUGCUGGCAUUACCUAUAUAUACAUUAAAUUUAAACUAAAAACGUU